AUGGACACGUUUGACAGCAUCGGAGCCGCUACCACAUGCGAGAAUCGGGACGAGGCCUUCUACGUAGUUGCAGGCUGCAUGCGAUGGCUCAUCGGGGGUCGUGUAGCCACUGCUGGUGGGCUGCUGGUGGGCAAGGCGAGAAUCGGGAUCGAGGCCUUCUACGCGGUUGCAGCCACUGGUGGUGGGCUGCUGGUGGGCAAGGUGAGAAUCGGGAUCGAGGCCUUCUACGCGGUUGCAGACAUUGGUGCCAUCGCUAGGGGUCGUGUAGCCACUGCUGGUGGGCUGCUGGUGGGCAAGGCGAGAAUCGGGAUCGAGGCCUUCUACGCGGUUGCAGACAUUGGUGCCAUCGCUAGGGGUCGUGCAGCCACUGCUGGUGGGCUGCUGGUGGGCAAGGCGAGAAUCGGGACCGAGGCCUUCUACGCGGCUGCGUGGGAUGGCUCGUCGGAUGCAUCUGGCCAUGGCGAUACCACUGGCGCUCUAAUUUAUGGCCAACGAGACAUUGGUGCCAUCGCUAGGGGUCGUGUAGCCACUGCUGGUGGGCUGCUGGUGGGCAAGGCGAGAAUCGGGAUCGAGGCCUUCUACGCGGCUGCAUGCGAUGGCUCGUCGGAUGCGUCUGGCCAUGGCGAUACCAUUGCCGCUCUAAUUUAUGGCCAACGAGACAUUGGUGCCAUCGCUAGGGGUCGUGUAGCCACUGCUGGUGGGCUGCUGGUGGGCAAGGCGAGAAUCGGGACCGAGGCCUUCUACGCGGUUGCAGGCUGCAUGCGAUGGCUCGCUGCGUGGGAUGGCUCGUCGGAUGCGUCUGGCCAUGGCGAUACCAUUGCCGCUCUAAUUUAUGGCCAACGAGACAUUGGUGCCAUCGCUAGGGGUCGUGUAGCCACUGCUGGUGGGCUGCUGGUGGGCAAGGCGAGAAUCGGGACCGAGGCCUUCUACGCGGUUGCAGGCUGCAUGCGAUGGCUCGCUGCAUGCGAUGGCUCGUCGGAUGCGUCUGGCCAUGGCGAUACCAUUGCCGCUCUAAUUUAUGGCCAACGAGACAUUGGUGCCAUCGCUAGGGGUCGUGUAGCCACUGGUGGUGGGCUGCUGGUGGGCAAGGCGAGAAUCGGGACCGAGGCCUUCUACGCGGUUGCAGGCUGCAUGCGAUGGCUCCCACUGCUGGUGGGCAAGGCGAGAAUCGGGAUCGAGGCCUUCUACGCGGUUGCAGGCUGCGCUGCAUGCGAUGGCUCGUCGGAUGCGUCUGGCCAUGGCGAUACCAUUGCCGCUCUAAUUUAUGGCCAACGAGACAUUGGUGCCAUCGCUAGGGGUCGUGUAGCCACUGGUGGUGGGCUGCUGGUGGGCAAGGCGAGAAUCGGGAUCGAGGCCUUCUACGCGGUUGCAGGCUGCGCUGCAUGCGAUGGCUCGUCGGAUGCGUCUGGCCAUGGCGAUACCAUUGGCGCUCUAAUUUAUGGCCAACGAGACAUUGGUGCCAUCGCUAGGGGUCGUGUAGCCACUGCUGGUGGGCUGCUGGUGGGCAAGGCGAGAAUCGGGAUCGAGGCCUUCUACGCGGUUGCAGGCUGCGGGUCGUGUAGCCACUGGUGGUGGGCUGCUGGUGGGCAAGGUGAGAAUCGGGACGAGGCCUUCUACGCGGUUGCAGGCUACAUGCGAUGGCUCAUCGGAUGCGCUGCGUGGGAUGGCUCGUCGGAUGCGUCUGGCCAUGGCGAUACCACUGGCGCUCUAAUUUAUGGCCAACGAGACAUUGGUGCCAUCGCUAGGGGUCGUGUAGCCACUGCUGGUGGGCUGCUGGUGGGCAAGGCGAGAAUCGGGACGAGGCCUUCUACGCGGUUGCAGGCUGCAUGCGAUGGCUCGUCGGAUGCGUCUGGCCAUGGCGACACCAUUGCCGCUCUAAUUUAUGGCCAACGAGACAUUGGUGCCAUCGCUAGGGGUCGUGUAGCCACUGGUGGUGGGCUGCUGGUGGGCAAGGCGAGAAUCGGGACCGAGGCCUUCUACGCGAUUGCAGGCUGCAUGCGAUGGCUCCCACUGCUGGUGGGCAAGGCGAGAAUCGGGAUCGAGGCCUUCUACGCGGUUGCAGGCUGCGCUGCAUGCGAUGGCUCGUCGGAUGCGUCUGGCCAUGGCGAUACCAUUGCCGCUCUAAUUUAUGGCCAACGAGACAUUGGUGCCAUCGCUAGGGGUCGUGUAGCCACUGCUGGUGGGCUGCUGGUGGGCAAGGCGAGAAUCGGGAUCGAGGCCUUCUACGCGGUUGCAGGCUGCGCUGCAUGCGAUGGCUCGUCGGAUGCGUCUGGCCAUGGCGAUACCAUUGCCGCUCUAAUUUAUGGCCAACGAGACAUUGGUGCCAUCGCUAGGGGUCGUGUAGCCACUGCUGGUGGGCUGCUGGUGGGCAAGGCGAGAACCGGGAUCGAGGCCUUCUACGCGGUUGCAGGCUGCGCUGCAUGCGAUGGCUCAUCGGAUGCGUCUGGCCAUGGCGAUACCAUUGGCGAUCUAAUUUAUGGCCAACGAGACAUUGGUGCCAUCGCUAGGGGUCGUGUAGCCACUGGUGGUGGGCUGCUGGUGGGCAAGGCUGCAUGCGAUGGCUCGUCGGAUGCGUCUGGCCAUGGCGAUACCAUUGCCGCUCUAAUUUAUGGCCAACGAGACAUUGGUGCCAUCGCUAGGGGUCGUGUAGCCACUGCUGGUGGGCUGCUGGUGGGCAAGGCGAGAAUCGGGACCGAGGCCUUCUACGCGGUUGCAGGCUGCAUGCGAUGGCUCAUCGGAUGCGCUGCAUGCGAUGACUCGUCGGAUGCGUCUGGCCAUGGCGAUACCAUUGGCGCUCUAAUUUAUGGCCAACGAGACAUUGGUGCCAUCGCUAGGGGUCGUGUAGCCACUGCUGGUGGGCUGCUGGUGGGCAAGGCGAGAAUCGGGACCGAGGCCUUCUACGCGGUUGCAGGCUGCAUGCGAUGGCUCGGGUCGUGUAGCCACUGCUGGUGGGCUGCUGGUGGGCAAGGCGAGAAUCGGGACGAGGCCUUCUACGCGGUUGCAGGCUGCGGGUCGUGUAGCCACUGGUGGUGGGCUGCUGGUGGGCAAGGUGAGAAUUGGGACGAGGCCUUCUACGCGGUUGCAGGCUACAUGCGAUGGCUCAUCGGAUGCGCUGCAUGCGAUGACUCGUCGGAUGCGUCUGGCCAUGGCGAUACCAUUGGCGCUCUAAUUUAUGGCCAACGAGACAUUGGUGCCAUCGCUAGGGGUCGUGUAGCCACUGCUGGUGGGCUGCUGGCUGCAUGCGAUGGCUCGUCAGAUGCGUCUGGCCAUGGCGAUACCAUUGCCGCUCUAAUUUAUGGCCAACGAGACAUUGGUGCCAUCGCUAGGGGUCGUGUAGCCACUGGUGGUGGGCUGCUGGUGGGCAAGGCGAGAAUCGGGAUCGAGGCCUUCUACGCGGUUGCAGGCUGCGCUGCAUGCGAUGGCUCGUCGGAUGCGUCUGGCCAUGGCGAUACCAUUGCCGCUCUAAUUUAUGGCCAACGAGACAUUGGUGCCAUCGCUAGGGGUCGUGUAGCCACUGGUGGUGGGCUGCUGGUGGGCAAGGCGAGAAUCGGGACCGAGGCCUUCUACGCGGUUGCAGGCUGCGCUGCAUGCGAUGGCUCGUCGGAUGCGUCUGGCCAUGGCGAUACCAUUGCCGCUCUAAUUUAUGGCCAACGAGACAUUGGUGCCAUCGCUAGGGGUCGUGUAGCCACUGCUGGUGGGCUGCUGGUGGGCAAGGCGAGAAUCGGGACCGAGGCCUUCUACGCGGUUGCAGGCUGCAUGCGAUGGCUCGCUGCAUGCGAUGGCUCGUCGGAUGCGUCUGGCCAUGGCGAUACCAUUGCCGCUCUAAUUUAUGGCCAACGAGACAUUGGUGCCAUCGCUAGGGGUCGUGUAGCCACUGCUGGUGGGCUGCUGGUGGGCAAGGCGAGAAUCGGGACCGAGGCCUUCUACGCGGUUGCAGGCUGCGCUGCAUGCGAUGGCUCGUCGGAUGCGUCUGGCCAUGGCGAUACCAUUGGCGCUCUAAUUUAUGGCCAACGAGACAUUGGUGCCAUCGCUAGGGGUCGUGUAGCCACUGCUGGUGGGCUGCUGGUGGGCAAGGUGAGAAUCGGGAUCGAGGCCUUCUACGCGGUUGCAGGCUGCGCUGCAUGCGAUGGCUCGUCGGAUGCGUCUGGCCAUGGCGAUACCAUUGCCGCUCUAAUUUAUGGCCAACGAGACAUUGGUGCCAUCGCUAGGGGUCGUGUAGCCACUGCUGGUGGGCUGCUGGUGGGCAAGGCGAGAAUCGGGACCGAGGCCUUCUACGCGGUUGCAGGCUGCGCGAGAAUCGGGACCGAGGCCUUCUACGCGGUUGCAGGCUGCAUGCGAUGGCUCGUCGGAUGCCCACUGGUGGUGGGCAAGGUGAGAAUCGGGACGAGGCCUUCUACGCGGUUGCAGGCUACAUGCGAUGGCUCAUCGGAUGCGUCUGGCCAUGGCGAUACCAUUGCCGCUCUAAUUUAUGGCCAACGAGACAUUGGUGCCAUCGCUAGGGGUCGUGUAGCCACUGGUGGUGGGCUGCUGGUGGGCAAGGCUACAUGCGAUGGCUCAUCGGAUGCGUCUGGCCAUGGCGAUACCAUUGCCGCUCUAAUUUAUGGCCAACGAGACAUUGGUGCCAUCGCUAGGGGUCGUGUAGCCACUGCUGGUGGGCUGCUGGUGGGCAAGGCGAGAAUCGGGACCGAGGCCUUCUACGCGGUUGCAGGCUGCAUGCGAUGGCUCGCUGCAUGCGAUGGCUCGUCGGAUGCGUCUGGCCAUGGCGAUACCAUUGCCGCUCUAAUUUAUGGCCAACGAGACAUUGGUGCCAUCGCUAGGGGUCGUGUAGCCACUGGUGGUGGGCUGCUGGUGGGCAAGGCGAGAAUCGGGAUCGAGGCCUUCUACGCGGUUGCAGGCUGCGCUACAUGCGAUGGCUCGUCGGAUGCGUCUGGCCAUGGCGAUACCAUUGCCGCUCUAAUUUAUGGCCAACGAGACAUUGGUGCCAUCGCUAGGGGUCGUGUAGCCACUGGUGGUGGGCUGCUGGUGGGCAAGGCUGCGUGCGAUGGCACAUCAUAUGCGUCUGGCCAUGGCAAUACCAUUGCCGCUCUAAUUUAUGGCCAACGAGACAUUGGUGCCAUCGCUAGGGGUCGUGUAGCCACUGGUGGUGGGCUGCUGGUGGGCAAGGCUGCAUGCGAUGGCUCGUCGGAUGCGUCUGGCCAUGGCGAUACCAUUGGCGCUCUAAUUUAUGGCCAACGAGACAUUGGUGCCAUCGCUAGGGGUCGUGUAGCCACUGCUGGUGGGCUGCUGGUGGGCAAGGCGAGAAUCGGGACCGAGGCCUUCUACGCGGUUGCAGGCUACAUGCGAUGGCUCAUCGGAUGCGCUGCAUGCGAUGCCUCGUCGGAUGCGUCCGGCCAUGGCGAUACCACUGGCGCUCUAAUUUAUGUCCAACGAGACAUUGGUGCCAUCGCUAGGGGUCGUGUAGCCACUGCUGGUGGGCUGCUGGUGGGCAAGGCGAGAAUCGGAACCGAGGCCUUCUACGCGGUUGCAGGCUGCAUGCGAUUCCUCAUCGGAUGCGCGAGAAUCGGGACCGAGGCCUUCUACGCGGUUGCAGGCUACAUGCGAUGGCUCAUCGGAUGCGGGUCGUGUAGCCACUGGUGGUGGGCUGCUGGUGGGCAAGGUGAGAAUCGGGACGAGGCCUUCUACGCGGUUGCAGGCUACAUGCGAUGGCUCAUCGGAUGCGCUGCAUGCGAUGGCUCGUCGGAUGCGUCUGGCCAUGGCGAUACCAUUGGCGCUCUAAUUUAUGGCCAACGAGACAUUGGUGCCAUCGCUAGGGGUCGUGUAGCCACUGGUGGUGGGCUGCUGGUGGGCAAGGCGAGAAUCGGGACCGAGGCCUUCUACGCGGUUGCAGGCUACAUGCGAUGGCUCAUCGGAUGCGCUGCAUGCGAUGGCUCGUCGGAUGCGUCUGGCCAUGGCGAUACCACUGGCGCUCUAAUUUAUGGCCAACGAGACAUUGGUGCCAUCGCUAGGGGUCGUGUAGCCACUGCUGGUGGGCUGCUGGCUGCAUGCGAUGGCUCGUCGGAUGCGUCUGGCCAUGGCGAUACCAUUGCCGCUCUAAUUUAUGGCCAACGAGACAUUGGUGCCAUCGCUAGGGGUCGUGUAGCCACUGGUGGUGGGCUGCUGGUGGGCAAGGCGAGAAUCGGGAUCGAGGCCUUCUACGCGGUUGCAGGCUGCGCUGCAUGCGAUGGCUCGUCGGAUGCGUCUGGCCAUGGCGAUACCAUUGGCGCUCUAAUUUAUGGCCAACGAGACAUUGGUGCCAUCGCUAGGGGUCGUGUAGCCACUGCUGGUGGGCUGCUGGUGGGCAAGGUGAGAAUCGGGAUCGAGGCCUUCUACGCGGUUGCAGGCUGCGCUGCAUGCGAUGGCUCGUCGGAUGCGUCUGGCCAUGGCGAUACCAUUGCCGCUCUAAUUUAUGGCCAACGAGACAUUGGUGCCAUCGCUAGGGGUCGUGUAGCCACUGCUGGUGGGCUGCUGGUGGGCAAGGCGAGAAUCGGGACCGAGGCCUUCUACGCGGUUGCAGGCUGCGCUGCAUGCGAUGGCUCGUCGGAUGCGUCUGGCCAUGGCGAUACCAUUGCCGCUCUAAUUUAUGGCCAACGAGACAUUGGUGCCAUCGCUAGGGGUCGUGUAGCCACUGCUGGUGGGCUGCUGGUGGGCAAGGUGAGAAUCGGGAUCGAGGCCUUCUACGCGGUUGCAGGCUGCGGGUCGUGUAGCCACUGGUGGUGGGCUGCUGGUGGGCAAGGUGAGAAUCGGGACGAGGCCUUCUACGCGGUUGCAGGCUACAUGCGAUGGCUCAUCGGAUGCGCUGCAUGCGAUGGCUCGUCGGAUGCGUCUGGCCAUGGCGAUACCAUUGCCGCUCUAAUUUAUGGCCAACGAGACAUUGGUGCCAUCGCUAGGGGUCGUGUAGCCACUGCUGGUGGGCUGCUGGUGGGCAAGGCGAGAAUCGGGACCGAGGCCUUCUACGCGGUUGCAGGCUGCGCUGCAUGCGAUGGCUCGUCGGAUGCGUCUGGCCAUGGCGAUACCAUUGCCGCUCUAAUUUAUGGCCAACGAGACAUUGGUGCCAUCGCUAGGGGUCGUGUAGCCACUGCUGGUGGGCUGCUGGUGGGCAAGGUGAGAAUCGGGAUCGAGGCCUUCUACGCGGUUGCAGGCUGCGCUGCAUGCGAUGGCUCGUCGGAUGCGUCUGGCCAUGGCGAUACCAUUGCCGCUCUAAUUUAUGGCCAACGAGACAUUGGUGCCAUCGCUAGGGGUCGUGUAGCCACUGCUGGUGGGCUGCUGGUGGGCAAGGUGAGAAUCGGGAUCGAGGCCUUCUACGCGGUUGCAGGCUGCGCUGCAUGCGAUGGCUCGUCGGAUGCGUCUGGCCAUGGCGAUACCAUUGGCGCUCUAAUUUAUGGCCAACGAGACAUUGGUGCCAUCGCUAGGGGUCGUGUAGCCACUGGUGGUGGGCUGCUGGUGGGCAAGGCGAGAAUCGGGACCGAGGCCUUCUACGCGGUUGCAGGCUGCAUGCGAUGGCUCGCUGCAUGCGAUGGCUCGUCGGAUGCGUCUGGCCAUGGCGAUACCAUUGGCGCUCUAAUUUAUGGCCAACGAGACAUUGGUGCCAUCGCUAGGGGUCGUGUAGCCACUGGUGGUGGGCUGCUGGUGGGCAAGGCGAGAAUCGGGACCGAGGCCUUCUACGCGGUUGCAGGCUGCAUGCGAUGGCUCGCUGCAUGCGAUGGCUCGUCGGAUGCGUCUGGCCAUGGCGAUACCAUUGCCGCUCUAAUUUAUGGCCAACGAGACAUUGGUGCCAUCGCUAGGGGUCGUGUAGCCACUGCUGGUGGGCUGCUGGUGGGCAAGGCGAGAAUCGGGAUCGAGGCCUUCUACGCGGUUGCAGACAUUGGUGCCAUCGCUAGGGGUCGUGUAGCCACUGCUGGUGGGCUGCUGGUGGGCAAGGCGAGAAUCGGGAUCGAGACCUUCUACGCGGUUGCAGGCUGCGCUGCAUGCGAUGGCUCGUCGGAUGCGUCUGGCCAUGGCGAUACCAUUGCCGCUCUAAUUUAUGGCCAACGAGACAUUGGUGCCAUCGCUAGGGGUCGUGUAGCCACUGCUGGUGGGCUGCUGGCUGCAUGCGAUGGCUCGUCGGAUGCGUCUGGCCAUGGCGAUACCAUUGCCGCUCUAAUUUAUGGCCAACGAGACAUUGGUGCCAUCGCUAGGGGUCGUGUAGCCACUGCUGGUGGGCUGCUGGUGGGCAAGGCGAGAAUCGGGAUCGAGGCCUUCUACGCGGUUGCAGACAUUGGUGCCAUCGCUAGGGGUCGUGUAGCCACUGCUGGUGGGCUGCUGGUGGGCAAGGCGAGAAUCGGGACCGAGGCCUUCUACGCGGUUGCAGGCUACAUGCGAUGGCUCGCUGCAUGCGAUGGCUCGUCGGAUGCGUCUGGCCAUGGCGAUACCAUUGCCGCUCUAAUUUAUGGCCAACGAGACAUUGGUGCCAUCGCUAGGGGUCGUGUAGCCACUGCUGGUGGGCUGCUGGUGGGCAAGGUGAGAAUCGGGAUCGAGGCCUUCUACGCGGUUGCAGGCUGCGCUGCAUGCGAUGGCUCGUCGGAUGCGUCUGGCCAUGGCGAUACCAUUGCCGCUCUAAUUUAUGGCCAACGAGACAUUGGUGCCAUCGCUAGGGGUCGUGUAGCCACUGCUGGUGGGCUGCUGGUGGGCAAGGUGAGAAUCGGGAUCGAGGCCUUCUACGCGGUUGCAGGCUGCGCUGCAUGCGAUGGCUCGUCGGAUGCGUCUGGCCAUGGCGAUACCAUUGCCGCUCUAAUUUAUGGCCAACGAGACAUUGGUGCCAUCGCUAGGGGUCGUGUAGCCACUGCUGGUGGGCUGCUGGUGGGCAAGGUGAGAAUCGGGAUCGAGGCCUUCUACGCGGUUGCAGGCUGCGCUGCAUGCGAUGGCUCGUCGGAUGCGUCUGGCCAUGGCGAUACCAUUGCCGCUCUAAUUUAUGGCCAACGAGACAUUGGUGCCAUCGCUAGGGGUCGUGUAGCCACUGCUGGUGGGCUGCUGGUGGGCAAGGCUGCGUGCGAUGGCACAUCAUAUGCGUCUGGCCAUGGCGAUACCAUUGGCGCUCUAAUUUAUGGCCAACGAGACAUUGGUGCCAUCGCUAGGGGUCGUGUAGCCACUGGUGGUGGGCUGCUGGUGGGCAAGGCGAGAAUCGGGACCGAGGCCUUCUACGCGGUUGCAGGCUGCAUGCGAUGGCUCGCGAGAAUCGGGAUCGAGGCCUUCUACGCGGUUGCAGACAUUGGUGCCAUCGCUAGGGGUCGUGUAGCCACUGCUGGUGGGCUGCUGGUGGGCAAGGCUGCGUGCGAUGGCACAUCAUAUGCGUCUGGCCAUGGCGAUACCAUUGGCGCUCUAAUUUAUGGCCAACGAGACAUUGGUGCCAUCGCUAGGGGUCGUGUAGCCACUGGUGGUGGGCUGCUGGUGGGCAAGGCGAGAAUCGGGACCGAGGCCUUCUACGCGACAUUGGUGCCUCGUGUAGCCACUGCUGGUGGGCUGCUGGUGGGCAAGGCUGCGUGCGAUGGCACAUCAUAUGCGUCUGGCCAUGGCGACACCGUUGGCGCUCUAAUUUAUGGCCAACGAGACAUUGGUGCCAUCGCUAGGGGUCGUGUAGCCACUGGUGGUGGGCUGCUGGUGGGCAAGGCGAGAAUCGGGAUCGAGGCCUUCUACGCGGUUGCAGGCUGCGCGAGAAUCGGGAUCGAGGCCUUCUACGCGGUUGCAGACAUUGGUGCCAUCGCUAGGGGUCGUGUAGCCACUGCUGGUGGGCUGCUGGUGGGCAAGGUGAGAAUCGGGAUCGAGGCCUUCUACGCGGUUGCAGGCUGCGCUGCAUGCGAUGGCUCGUCGGAUGCGUCUGGCCAUGGCGAUACCAUUGCCGCUCUAAUUUAUGGCCAACGAGACAUUGGUGCCAUCGCUAGGGGUCGUGUAGCCACUGCUGGUGGGCUGCUGGUGGGCAAGGCGAGAAUCGGGAUCGAGGCCUUCUACGCGGUUGCAGGCGAGAAUCGGGACGAGGCCUUCUACGCGGUUGCAGGCUGCAUGCGAUGGCUCAUCGGGGGUCGUGUAGCCACUGCUGGUGGGCUGCUGGUGGGCAAGGUGAGAAUCGGGAUCGAGGCCUUCUACGCGGUUGCAGGCUGCGCUGCAUGCGAUGGCUCGUCGGAUGCGUCUGGCCAUGGCGAUACCAUUGCCGCUCUAAUUUAUGGCCAACGAGACAUUGGUGCCAUCGCUAGGGGUCGUGUAGCCACUGGUGGUGGGCUGCUGGUGGGCAAGGCGAGAAUCGGGAUCGAGGCCUUCUACGCGGUUGCAGGCUGCGUGCGAUGGGGUCGUGUAGCCACUGCUGGUGGGCUGCUGGUGGGCAAGGCUGCAUGCGAUGGCUCGUCGGAUGCGUCUGGCCAUGGCGAUACCAUUGCCGCUCUAAUUUAUGGCCAACGAGACAUUGGUGCCAUCGCUAGGGGUCGUGUAGCCACUGGUGGUGGGCUGCUGGUGGGCAAGGCGAGAAUCGGGAUCGAGGCCUUCUACGCGGUUGCAGGCUGCGCUGCAUGCGAUGGCUCGUCGGAUGCGUCUGGCCAUGGCGAUACCAUUGGCGCUCUAAUUUAUGGCCAACGAGACAUUGGUGCCAUCGCUAGGGGUCGUGUAGCCACUGGUGGUGGGCUGCUGGUGGGCAAGGCGAGAAUCGGUACCGAGGCCUUCUACGCGGUUGCAGGCUGCAUGCGAUGGCUCGCUGCAUGCGAUGGCUCGUCGGAUGCGUCUGGCCAUGGCGAUACCAUUGCCGCUCUAAUUUAUGGCCAACGAGACAUUGGUGCCAUCGCUAGGGGUCGUGUAGCCACUGCUGGUGGGCUGCUGGUGGGCAAGGCUGCAUGCGAUGGCUCGUCGGAUGCGUCUGGCCAUGGCGAUACCAUUUGCGCUCUUAUUUACGGCCAACGAGACAUUGGUGCCAUCGCUAGGGGUCGUGUAGCCACUGCUGGUGGGCUGCUGGUGGGCAAGGCGAGAAUCGGGAUCGAGGCCUUCUACGCGGUUGCAGGCGAGAAUCGGGACGAGGCCUUCUACGCGGUUGCAGGCUGCAUGCGAUGGCUCAUCGGGGGUCGUGUAGCCACUGCUGGUGGGCUGCUGGUGGGCAAGGCGAGAAUCGGGAUCGAGGCCUUCUACGCGGUUGCAGGCGAGAAUCGGGACGAGGCCUUCUACGCGGUUGCAGGCUGCAUGCGAUGGCUCAUCGGGGGUCGUGUAGCCACUGCUGGUGGGCUGCUGGUGGGCAAGGCGAGAAUCGGGAUCGAGGCCUUCUACGCGGUUGCAGGCGAGAAUCGGGACGAGGCCUUCUACGCGGUUGCAGGCUGCAUGCGAUGGCUCAUCGGGGGUCGUGUAGCCACUGCUGGUGGGCUGCUGGUGGGCAAGGCGAGAAUCGGGAUCGAGGCCUUCUACGCGGUUGCAGGCGAGAAUCGGGACGAGGCCUUCUACGCGGUUGCAGGCUGCAUGCGAUGGCUCAUCGGCCACUGCUGGUGGGCUGCUGGUGGGCAAGGCGAGAAUCAGGACGAGGCCUUCUACGCGGUUGCAGGCUGCAUGCGAUGGCUCAUCGGGGGUCGUGUAGCCACUGCUGGUGGGCUGCUGGUGGGCAAGGCGAGAAUCGGGAUCGAGGCCUUCUACGCGGUUGCAGCCACUGCUGGUGGGCUGCUGGUGGGCAAGGCGAGAAUCGGGACGAGGCCUUCUACGCGGUUGCAGGCUGCAUGCGAUGGCUCGCCAGAUGCGUCUGGCCAUGGCGAUACCAUUGGCGCUCUAAUUUAUGGCCAACGAGACAUUGGUGCCAUCGCUAGGGGUCGUGUAGCCACUGCUGGUGGGCUGCUGGUGGGCAAGGCGAGAAUCGGGAUCGAGGCCUUCUACGCGGUUGCAGCCACUGCUGGUGGGCUGCUGGUGGGCAAGGCGAGAAUCGCCACUGCUGGUGGGCUGCUGGUGGGCAAGGCGAGAAUCGGAACCGAGGCCUUCUACGCGGUUGCAGGCUGCAUGCGAUGGCUCAUCGGAUGCCCACUGCUGGUGGGUGGGCUGCUGGUGGGCAAGGCGAGAAUCGGUACCGAGGCCUUCUACGCUGUUGCAGGCUGGGGGUCGUGUAGCCACUGCUGGUGGGCUGCUGGUGGGCUGCUGGUGGGCAAGGCGAGAAUCGGAACCGAGGCCUUCUACACGGUUGCAGGCUGCAUGCGAUGGCUCAUCGGAUGCCCACUGCUGGUGGGCUGCUGGUGGGCAAGGCGAGAAUCGGGACCGAGGCCUUCUACGCGGUUGCAGGCUGCAUGCGAUGGCUCGUCGGAUGCGUCUGGCCAUGGCGAUACCACUGGCGCUCUAAUUUAUGGCCAACGAGACAUUGCCACUGCUGGUGGGCUGCUGGUGGGCAAGGCGAGAAUCGGAACCGAGGCCUUCUACGCGGUUGCAGGCUGCAUGCGAUGGCUCAUCGGAUGCGGGUCGUGUAGCCACUGCUGGUGGGCUGCUGGUGGGCUGCUGGUGGGCAAGGCGAGAAUCGGAACCGAGGCCUUCUACGCGGUUGCAGGCUGCAUGCGAUGGCUCAUCGGAUGCGCGAGAAUCGGGACCGAGGCCUUCUACGCGGUUGCAGGCUGCAUGCGAUGGCACAGCAUAUGCCCACUGCUGGUGCUGCUGGUGGGCAAGGCGAGAAUCGGAACCGAGGCCUUCUACGCGGUUGCAGGCUGCAUGCGAUGGCUCAUCGGAUGCGCGAGAAUCGGAACCGAGGCCUUCUACGCGGUUGCAGGCUGCAUGCGAUGGCUCAUCGGAUGCGGGUCGUGUAGCCACUGCUGGUGGGCUGCUGGUGGGCUGCUGGUGGGCAAGGCGAGAAUCGGAACCGAGGCCUUCUACGCGGUUGCAGGCUGCAUGCGAUGGCUCAUCGGAUGCCCACUGCUGGUGGGCUGCUGGUGGGCAAGGCGAGAAUCGGGACCGAGGCCUUCUACGCGGUUGCAGGCUGCAUGCGAUGGCACAGCAUAUGCGUCUGGCCAUGGCGAUACCACUGGCGCUCUAAUUUAUGGCCAACGAGACAUUGGUGCCAUCGCUAGGGGUCGUGUAGCCACUGCUGGUGGGCUGCUGGUGGGCAAGGCGAGAAUCGGUACCGAGGCCUUCUACGCUGUUGCAGGCUGGGUGGGGUGGCUCAUCGGAUGCCCACUGCUGGUGGGCUGCUGGUGGGCUGCUGGUGGCCAAGGCGAGAAUCGGAACCGAGGCCUUCUACGCGGUUGCAGGCUGCAUGCGAUGGCUCGUCGGAUGCCCACUGCUGGUGGGCUGCUGGUGGGCAAGGCGAGAAUCGGGACCGAGGCCUUCUACGCGGUUGCAGGCUGCAUGCGAUGGCUCAUCGGAUGCGCGAGAAUCGGGACCGAGGCCUUCUACGCGGUUGCAGGCUGCAUGCGAUGGCUCGUCGGAUGGGGGUCGUGUAGCCACUGCUGGUGGGCUGCUGGUGGGCUGCUGGUGGGCAAGGCGAGAAUCGGAACCGAGGCCUUCUACGCGGUUGCAGGCUGCAUGCGAUGGCUCCCACUGCUGGUGGGCUGCUGGUGGGCUGCUGGUGGGCUGCUGGUGGGCAAGGCGAGAAUCGGAACCGAGGCCUUCUACGCGGUUGCAGGCUGCAUGCGAUGGCUCGUCGGAUGCCCACUGCUGGUGGGCUGCUGGUGGGCAAGGCGAGAAUCGGGACCGAGGCCUUCUACGCGGUUGCAGGCUGCAUGCGAUGGCUCGUCGGAUGCGUCUGGCCAUGGCGAUACCACUGGCGCUCUAAUUUAUGGCCAACGAGACAUUGCCACUGCUGGUGGGCUGCUGGUGGGCAAGGCGAGAAUCGGGACCGAGGCCUUCUACGCGGUUGCAGGCUGCAUGCGAUGGCUCGGGUCGUGUAGCCACUGCUGGUGGGCUGCUGGUGGGCUGCUGGUGGGCAAGGCGAGAAUCGGAACCGAGGCCUUCUACGCGGUUGCAGGCUGCAUGCGAUGGCUCGUCGGAUGCCCACUGCUGGUGGGCUGCUGGUGGGCUGCUGGUGGGCUGCUGGUGGGCAAGGCGAGAAUCGGAACCGAGGCCUUCUACGCGGCUGCAUGCGAUGGCUCGUCGGAUGCGUCCGGCCAUGGCGAUACCACUGGCGCUAUAAUUUAUGGCCAACGAGACAUUGGUGCCAUCGCUUGGGGUCGUGUAGCCACUGCUGGUGGGCUGCUGGUGGGCAAGGCGAGAAUCGGGACCGAGGCCUUCUACGCGGGGUCGUGUAGCCACUGCUGGUGGGCUGCUGGUGGGCUGCUGGUGGGCAAGGCGAGAAUCGGAACCGAGGCCUUCUACGCGGGUCGUGUAGCCACUGCUGGUGGGCUGCUGGUGGGCAAGGCGAGAAUCGGGACCGAGGCCUUCUACGCGGUUGCAGGCUGCAUGCGAUGGCUCCCACUGCUGGUGGGCAAGGCGAGAAUCGGGACGAGGCCUUCUACGCGGUUGCAGGCUGCGUGGGGUGGCUCGUCGGAUGCGUCUGGCCAUGGCGAUACCACUGGCGCUCUAAUUUAUGGCCAACGAGACAUUGGUGCCAUCGCUAGGGGUCGUGUAGCCACUGCUGGUGGGCAAGGCGAGAAUCGGGACGAGGCCUUCUACGCGGUUGCAGGCUGCGUGGGGUGGCUCAUCGGAUGCGUCUGGCCAUGGCGAUACCGUGUGCGCUCUAAACGACCGCCAACGAACCAUUCCUUCCUCAAGCUGCUCGACGGUGCGUUGGAGCAGGAGGAGGCGCGACGUCUGGCGGGGCAAGACCAGGGCGCGCAAGCUUUUCAAGUCUAA